CACGGGCAAGCAGAGCAACGACGUUAAUUCCUCACGAAAUCGAAUCCGUCUCCCCUAUUCGACAAAAACAACCGCCAAAAUGCCUCGCGAGAUUUCCGACAUCAAGAACUUCAUCGAGAUCUGCCGCCGCAAGGACGCCAGCUCGGCUCGCAUCAAGCGCAGCAAGAAGACCUCGGCCAUCAAGUUCAAGGUCCGCUGCCAGCGCCACCUUUACACCCUUGUCCUCAAGGACUCCGAAAAGGCCGACAAGCUCAAGCAAUCCCUCCCCCCGAGCUUGACCAUCGCCGAUACCCCCAAGAAGAACCAGAAGGGCAAGCGGGUCGCUUAAGCGGAUUUUUAGCAUGAUGGGGUGCUGAGGAAGGUGGCUAUGCAUCGCGCAGGGUUCGGAGGGCGUACGGCUGGCUGGUGGCGCGAGGGAAUUACUGGGCGUUGGCCUGAUCGCGGGCUUGUAGAUGGCUAGGCUAGCUAAGAAUACCAUGAUGGAUGCACCACCCAU